AUGCAUCUGCGACGCUGGCAUUUACUGCACUGGUGCAGCGACCUGCUUCCCGUUACUCAAGGGGUAUGUGCUGCAGUGCUCUCAGGAAACAGCCUGGCAGGAAUGAGGCUACUCAAACCCUGCUCUUAUCACCUCUUGAGAGAGAUGAAAGCAAGCACAGUGGCCAGAUUAGUUGUUUGUUCAGCUUGGAUUUUUGUCUGUGACCCACUGAUUGAGAACUUGUGUGGCGUCCUGCAAGAAGAACAGGGGAGCGAGAUGCUCUGUGUGGCCAACGAAUUUGAAGGCAAGGCCCCAAGACACACGUUGUACACUGUUACGGCCUUGCUAUUCUUGGACCAGGGCAAAAGUUCUGUAGUAACCUGUAGAAAGUCUGCGGCUCAUGCAAGCAAAGACCUGGAAGAGCAGUUGCGAUCUGUGUCCAGUGUGGAUGAACUCAUGACAGUACUUUACCCAGAAUACUGGAAAAUGUUCAAAUGUCAAUUGAGGAAAGGAGGUUGGCAACACAACAGGGAACGCUCCAGCUUUGACACAAGAUCAGAUGAUUCACUGAAAUUUGCCGCAGCACACUAUAAUGCAGAGAUCCUGAAAAGUAUUGAUACUGAAUGGAGAAAAACUCAGUGCAUGCCACGUGAAGUGUGUGUGGAUGUGGGAAAAGAGUUUGGAGCAACUACAAACACCUUCUUUAAACCCCCAUGUGUAUCCAUCUACAGAUGUGGAGGUUGCUGCAAUAGUGAAGGACUCCAGUGUAUGAAUAUCAGCACAAAUUACAUCAGCAAGACAUUGUUUGAGAUCACAGUGCCUCUCUCUCAUGGCCCCAAACCUGUAACCGUCAGUUUUGCCAAUCACACGUCCUGCCGAUGCAUGUCGAAGUUGGAUGUUUACAGACAAGUUCAUUCUAUCAUAAGACGUUCCUUGCCAGCAACACAAACUCAGUGUCAUGUGGCAAACAAGACCUGUCCAAAAAAUCAUAUCUGGAAUAAUCAAAUUUGCAGAUGUUUGGCACAGCAUGAUUUUGGUUUCUCUUCUCACCUUGGAGAUUCUGACACAUCUGAAGGAUUCCAUAUUUGUGGACCAAACAAGGAGUUGGAUGAAGAAACCUGUCAAUGUGUCUGCAAAGGAGGCAUGCGGCCCUCAAGCUGUGGACCUCACAAAGAAUUAGACAGAUCAUCAUGUCAGUGCAUGUGCAAAAACAAACUUCUCCCCACUUCCUGUGGGCCCAACAAGGAAUUUGAUGAAGAUAAGUGCCAGUGUGUAUGUAAAAAGACCUGUCCUAAACAUCAGCCACUAAACCCUGCAAAAUGCAUCUGUGAAUGUAUAGAAUCUCCCAAUAAAUGCUUCUUAAAAGGAAAAAGGUUCCAUCACCAGACAUGCAGUUGUUACAGACCGCCGUGUACAGUCAGAACGAAACGCUGUGAUGCUGGACUUUAUUUUAGUGAAGAAGUGUGCCGCUGUGUACCCACAUAUUGGAAAAGACCACUUAUGAAUUAG